UCGAUCGGUCGCAUUGCGCUUCCUGGAAUGGAUGCAAUCCUGCGGAGGAUACUCUAUCUUUCGAGCCUGGAGGAAAAGAUCUCUGUUAUUGCUGGCACCCAUCUUGCUGCUUCCUCUUCCCUUCCAUUACGGAACUCAAGCAUCCAAAUGCGGUUACGUCGUACUGUUAAUGGCAGUAUAUUGGAUGACUGAAGCUCUCCCUCUACCCGUCACCGGUCUAUUACCCAUUGUUCUGUUACCUUCUUUGGGAAUCGUAGAUACAACAAACGUCUGUUCAGCCUACAUGAAUGAAGCCAUUAUGAUCGGUGUGGGAAGCAUUUUAGUAGCAGUGGCUGUAGAACAAUGCCGGCUUCACGAAAGAGUAGCCUUAUUAGUGUUGAGAAAAAUUGGAACCACUCCUAAAAGACUUUUGGUAGGUUUCAUGAUCUCGUCUAUGUUCAUUUCCAUGUGGAUUGGACCCACUCCAGUCAUGGCCAUGAUGAUGCCAAUCGUUAAGUCGGUUUUGGAUCAACUAAAAAUCAUCGAUUCGCAGAAAAUCGAGAUGGAAGAUAAAUCUUCAUCUGUCUCGGAUCAUUAUCAGAUACAACCCGGUGAAGAAAAGGAAAAGGUUAUAAGUAGUCAGGAAGAAAAUGUAGAGAGCGAUCUUCUGAAGAAAGUUCUAUUGCUGGCUCUUUGUUAUUCCACCAACAUCGGAGGUACGGGAACCAUUCCAGCCACGGCACCUAAUUUAGUGUUUAAAACCGUCAUGGACAGUUUUUAUCCAGAUUACGAAGGAAUGACCUUCACUUCUUGGAUGUUAUUCAAUUUACCAGGAAUGCUGAUCAAUGCCACAUUAAUAUGGAUAUUUCUGGUUCUCGUUUACGUAAGGAAAAUAAAAUCUCAAGCAGACAAGUUACAAGUAAAGAAAUUCUUAGACGAAAAGUAUUACGAGCUCGGAAGAUUAAGGUUUCAAGAGACGGCAGUUCUAAUUUUAUUUAUAAUCUUGGCAAUUCUUUGGUUGUUCCGUGAUCCGGAAUUUAUGAGUGGAUGGGACAAACUAAUGCCUGGACCCGCGAAGGUGACGGAUGCCACUUCGACUUUAGCGGUGGCAGUUUUAUUGUUUGUUAUUCCGUCAGAACCCAAACUUCGUUCCACCAGUCCUUCGCUAUUACAGNGGACGGCGGAAAGCCAGUUUUCCAUAGAAAGACCUUCAGGGAGGCAUUCCCCUUGGCGGAUGGCACAAUUGUCGCGUUACCAUAAGAAAAUAAACCAAACACGGGUACCCGUUCAAGUGAAUGGUCUCAACACCAAACCCGAGAUUAGUACCAUGAAGGUGACGGAUGCCACUUCGACUUUAGCGGUGGCAGUUUUAUUGUUUGUUAUUCCGUCAGAACCCAAACUUCGUUCCACCAGUCCUUCGCUAUUACAGUGGAAGACCGCUCAAGAGAAAGUACCUUGGGGAGUUUUCAUACUUCUGGGUGGAGGAUUCGCUCUGGCAGAAGGUGCAAAAGAUUCUGGCUUUUCCGAUUGGCUAAGCCGAAAUUUAUCGAAAUUGAGUGAUUUCUCUGCACCCGUUUUAUGCUUAGUAUUGUGUCUGGUGGUCCUAUCUCUUAUUGAAGUUUCGGGAAACACUGCUACGGCCACUGUCCUCUUCCCAGUCAUUGCCAGAAUGGCUGCCAUUCGAAGGAUUCAUCCACUGUAUCUGACGUUGCCCACCGCAAUUUGUUCUUCUUUUGCAUUCAUCUUUCCGGUUGCUUCUGCUCCUAAUGCUAUCAUAUACGAAAACUUUAAAUUAAAAAUUAAAGAAAUGAUAAUACCAGGAUUGUUGGCGAAAAUCAUCUGUUUGGCAGUCACGUUUCUGAUGAUAAACACAUUGGGGAGCGCCAUGUUUAAAACCGAUACCUUUCCCGAAUGGGCUAACAAUUCAUUGACAGACCCUUCUUGAGAGCAGCUUCCAUUUUAUAUAUUAUUCUCUUAUAAAAACUAUAACUUAUUCUAUCGUAUUUAUUGUUCUCUCUGAUCUUUUAUAUAAUAAAUAUAUUUGGAAAAAUUGAAUUAUGUGUCGUCAUUUAAUUAACGUACUCCAAAGUAACGAGUGGUUUACAUUCUUUCUUCUCAAUUAGAUACACGUGCAAUUGAAUAUAAUUUAAAUUUUUUUAUUAUAAUUUUUUAAAUUACGUCACAAUUCUUUGACACGACAAAAAUACCAGGGUUUGAUUGACACGUCAUACACUAUCGUUCUUUAUUAUUUAUAACGAGAUCGAUGUUACCGUUCCCCGGGACGUAGACCCAGAGGUUAGAUUUUUGGGUGUUGUGGAACGUGGUUCUUUAUAGUGCACGUGAAUGAAAUCUUUGGUGAUUGGAUGCGAAGAACGUGUCGUUGUUUGAACUGUGUGUUUUAGCGUGAGGGAUGUUGUUGUUUCUGUGCGUGGAUGUGAAUUAGUAAACUGAUGUAAGUACAAGAGGAAAUAAAAAACCUUUUGCCUUCUUAUACUAUGUUAGUAAAUUGAAACUAAAACCAUAAAUUUAAAUGAUACUUCAGAAAUAGCAAAGGAAAAAGUCGUUCACAUCUCUUGCGAAGCGACGCUUUUUAUUUUGCAUCCUUGCCCAUACCGAACGAGAGGAUUCCACUCGUUGGAAAAGGGAGGAAUGAUCGAAACAUUCCUCCCCUCCCAGUGCGGUAAAGAUGAUGUCGUCAACAUGGAGACAUUUCAAUUUUCGGAACACGAAAUGCCUCCUCUCCUGAAUGCUGAACAGAA